GAAAGUGUUUCACAUUGGUAUCAUCUUUCGUUUGAAAAAACAUAAGAAUGAAUUCAGAGACAGCAGUUAAUCGGAAUAAUAUAAGAUGUUCCUAAGGCAAAUUCAGAUUCUCCCAUAAUCCCCAUUGAUGACAUAAUUCCCUGCACUUUGCGAAGCAGAACAACAAGCAAAACGGCGCGCCGGGUAGCACCUGAUGUUUCUCUUUCUGCUAUUAUCAUUCCGAGCAACUCUAUCUACAAAAGUUGCUAUCACAGAAUCAUAUCACACUAGAUAAGAAAAGCAAGACAGACGUAGACGUAGUGAUAAUCAGACUGAAAAUGUGAAUAAUACGCGAUGGGUUAAGUUUGCAAAGCUCGGUUACUUCAUUUCAGUUUAGUGUUAAUUAAACUUUGGAAUAUUCGAGCGGCUAAUGUCCAGGUCUUACGCAUGCAGUUAGUGCCUCGUCUCAAGACUAUACUCGCAACUACAAUAGAAAUUAAACGAAAAAUUUCCGGACUAAUGGAAGCGAGUAUGUGGAGUGGAUUUCGCGGGCGCGCAGUUCUCUCGGUGUAGCUUUGUCGUUGAUGUAAUUGUAACACAAUUCAGUUAAUCUUCAACUGCUGUGCUUAUGAUCUCCUGCACUGCAAAGAAAACGAACUCAUAAAUCAUCAGCCAUGCAUCACUUAGUAAACAUUCAAAUCGAAACACAAUAUUAGUAAUGUGGUUUGUAUUCGGAAGUUGUCGAAAAAAGUCGGUCGUUCCAAAGAUAUACUGUCUGUAUCUGCUUUCGGUGUUUUCAGUGCUUAACUAGUUCAUGCAUUUCGAGUCUUUGGCUGUGUUUUCGAAUCCGACAAGGUGCCGAAUAAAACUGGAAAUCAUACGUGCGAAUUGGCAUACUGGAAUACGCUGGCGCUUUAUCAGGCCACACAUAGAAUAUUAACGCUCGAUAAGAAAAGUCGGCACGUAAUCUUGGAAUCAACAAUUAUAAUUAAUUGAUUUGUUCAAGUACAAACAGAUUUGCUGUUCCCGCUUUGGAACGGCGCUCAGGAGAGGCUAGCCUGGCGGGAGCACAGUGCAUUUUGGACGUACCACGUUAAUUUGCUAUGCAAAUGCGAAAAGCUUAUCUGUGAGCGCAAAUAGAUCGGAUCUCAUUUAAUUAGGUUUUCAGCGUUAGCCUUCCUGGGGGGAAUAUUUCCAAUUCAAAAUGACUAGGGAUAGACUGCAAGAGUUGCUCAACUUGUCCAGAUUACCCAAUAAUCCCACGUCUGAGUCACAUUCCAUUAACAUUAAAAAUGAGUAUUCUUCGAUUGAUGAUAUUCUCGGAGAAUAUGUGGAAAUUCGAAAAAAUAUUGCCCAACUUGCUCAAAAUUUGGACACCAUGCGGAAGAGUCUCCGCAUCACAGACCUAAAAGACUUUAACAGUAGUAAAGUAGAAGCCCUAAAUGAUCAAAAUGUAAGUAUCGGCCAAAAACUGCUGACAAAGUUCAGAGAACUUAGACAAACAUUACCAGAAGAUGAGGACUUUACUUUGGAAGCACGCAUGAAACGCACAUUAUUCCACGGCAUGCAUCAGGAGUAUAUCAAUGUUUGGACUAGUCAAGAGGAAUUCUUACAGACCUAUGAAGCCAAACUGAAAAAGAAAUUAAUGUUGCAUUCUAAAAUAAUGAACACAGUUCAAAGCGAAGAGGAAGUGGAGGAACUUUUAGCAAACAAGACUACAUCUUUAUUCGUAAAUAACAUAUUGGAAGAAACAGAAAAGGAACGUAGACUUCUGCGUGACUUAUACCAAAGACACACGGAACUUCAAAAGCUAGAAAAUUCCAUCAAAGAAGUUCAUUCAUUAUUUAUACGUAUUCAGAACUUAGUCCUUGAACAGAACGAUAGAAUUCAAAUGGUAGAAUUUCACGCACAACAAGCAUCUGUACACGUUGACAAAGGUGCCGUUGAGUUGGAUAAAGCGCACACUUUGAAGAAAAGAGGAUUAAAGUGCAAGAUGUGCAUUAUUAUGUGGUCCAUAGUAAUUUUAACAAUUUUACUUGUUAUCGCUGUUAUAUUUUAAGAUCUUAUCGGAGAAAAAUUUUGCGUAUAUUACGUAUGUGAAAUAUAUUUAUUUUUGUAAAGACGUGGAACAAUCGAUAUUAUAUUUUU